AUGAUAGCAAUUAUGGCGCAUCCUUCAACUCAGAUGAUCACGAUUGAUGUGAAAAACGAGCUGUGCAGUCUCAAAGUGAUAGCGCAUUGUCAAUCCAAAGACGACGAUCUUCGUGCUCAGGUUCUCGAUACUGGCUCUGCUCUCAGUUGGAAUUUCACGGCACGAUACGGAGUUGGUGCAACUGUUUUUUGGUGCAACCUCGCCGUUCGAGAUAAGCGUAUUUCUUUCACAGCAUUUAACGCGGACGAUGAUAAGAAUGAUAUCUAUUGGGUUGUGAGGAAGGAGGGAGUUUAUACAAGAAUAUAUGGUCCUGCAGCAAAAUUCCAAUUUGGAUGGAGGAAUGGAGCGUUGUCCGUCGCUGAAUCGUAUUGUUAUGGUGGGCCUUGA